AGUGAAAUAAGAAGAAAAAUUAAAAAUAAAACAAUAAAUAGAACUGACAGUCAAUCAGUGAUUAAGAGUGACAGACUUCGCCGCCGAUUCGAUUUCCGGCCAAACUCCGAUUCCGCAGCCACAUAGGUGUUUCUGGACGACUAUGGAAUCUAACAGAGGCCAGAGUGGAGGAAUUCAGCUUCUUUCAUCUGCAGAGCAAGAAGCUCAGCACGUUGUCAAUGCAGCUAGGAGUGCUAAACAGGCUAGGUUGAAACAAGCAAAGGAAGAAGCUGAGAAGGAGAUAGCUGUGUUACGCGCUCACUUGGAAGCUGAAUUUCAGAAAAAGCUCUCAAAGAGUACUGGCGACUCAGGCGCUAAUGUCAAGCGUCUCGAGCACGAAACAGAGGCAAAGAUCCAGCAUCUAAAGGCAGACACUAAAAGAAUCUCUCGUGAUGUUGCCCAGAUGCUGCUGAGGCAUGCAACCACAGUGAAGAACUAAAAUCUCUUAUGUGUGAGCUGUGAUGGGUCAAGCCAAGCAUUCUCUUGCAGAUGUUUGCUGUGGGCUUGUUUGAAUGAAGGCAGUGUACUAUUUGUACAAGAUCCUUGCACUUCUAGGUGAAGUACCAACACUAUUAUUAUUUGUUGAUUGUAUUAUCUGCAAAAAUAAGUAGCAUUCAAAUCUUCUUGUUUAUGUGGCAGCCUUUAAUUGUCCUUCAAUUCAUGGUAUCACUGCAAUAAAAAUGUCUUCCCACUAUUAUUU